UGCGGCUGCAGCUUGUGCAGUGUCCUGAGGUCUGCUGAGGCGAGGUCCCACGCAGCUCUCCCCGUAAUCGAGCAGUCGUCGCUGUGCUGUGAGGGAUGGCAGAGGGAAACCAGGCCACCGGGAGCCGGGAGAUCCCACCUGUCAGGCGGAUCCCCAUCCACGAUGCUGCCCAUUUGCCCCAGGAAUACUCCACGACUCCGGGGGGGACUCUGUUCAGCAUCACACCGGGAGGUACCAGAAUCAUCUACGACAGGAAGUUCCUCCUGCAGUGUAGGACAUCUCCCCUGGCUUGCACACCUCCUAAACUGCCUGAUAUUCCAGGAGUCACCAGGCCACUCAGCUCCGACUCUCCCAACCACACAAACCCGCCCGAACAAACACCCAGCGACAACAACGAGUCCGACGUGCAAACAGAGGAGAACGCAGGAGACGAAUCCCAGUUUGAAAUGGACAUCUGAAGAGCUAUAAGAAUGAAAGUAGUAAUUGUUUACCAGGGUGAUAAAAAUGUAUAUCAGUUGAACUGAGAAUACUCCCACUCAACUCUAUAAUCUUUCAGAUUUGAUCUGAAAACAAUCUUUAUUUUUUUUGUAAUGCUUAUUAAGUAUUAUAAUGUUGUACUUGUAUAAAACAGCAUUAAUUGAUACAUAAAACUUUUUCUCACUUUGAUGUCACUCGACUUACUAUGAUAUUUGACGUAAUGACAUAUGAUAAGUAAUUCUAACCUUUGUUCAGAUAAAAUAUUUUAUAGAGAUUGAUUUAUUUAAGCAUGAUUGAACUGUUUUUCAAAACAAAUUUCAGAAAAAGAUUUGUACCGAGCCCUGUGAUGGACUGGCGACCUGUCCAGGGUGUUCGGCACACCCCUGUGACCCUGAACACCUUUAAUGGAUGGAUGGAUGGAUGGA